AUGGACAUGGAUUUGCUCAGUUUUACCUGUAUUAGACCUCAUACUUUUUUUUCUAAAACAUAUUACUUGAAAGUAACGGAUGAUGAAGUUUUGAUAUCAGCUGUAACCUUAUGAUUCUAAUAUUCAGUUUAGCAAUUAUUAGAACCCCAAAUAUCGUAUAGAACUUAAAUUAACAACAUAAAUUUUAUGGAAAAUGGGAAAACAAUCAUUAAAAGCAUUUGGAAUAGUUUACCAGAAUAAAAUUAAAUAUUUUGAAGCAUAGUAAAUACAUCUUGAAACUUUGAAAAAUGUUAUUGGUGGUAAAGUGAUUUAUAGAAAUAUGGCAUCAUUUUAUGAACCAGUUAAAUUAAUAGGAGAGGGAUUGUCAGCAAAAGUAAAUUAAUUUAUUAAAAUUAGGUAUUUUAAAGCAUAGAUAAGUAAAGUAAAAAAGCAGUUGCUGUGAAAAUGAUAAAAUAAGAAUUUGGAAGAGAAGACCAAGCAUUGGUAAAUAAAUUAAAUUAAUUUUCAUUUAAGGACAUAGUCAAAACAGAAGUAUCAAUCUUAAAGUAGCUAAACCAUUAAAAUAUAAUAAAAGUACUUGAAGUUUAUGAAAAUGAUUAAACAUUUUGGAUAGUUUAAGAAUUUGUAGCUGGAACUCCAUUAAGUGAAACAUUGAAACAAAAACUACCCAGUGAAUAGAUAAAAACUAUAAUGAUUGUAUAAUAUAUAUAAUAUAUUAAUAGGGACUAUUGAAUACAAUAAGUUAUUUACAAUCUUAAAAAAUUGUUCAUAGAGAUAUAAAACCAGAAAAUAUUAUUAUAUAGAAAGACAAUUCUAUAAAAGUAAUAGAUUUUGGAUUUGCAGCAAAUCUUAAGUUUGGAUCAGUCAGCAGUGUAUGUGGUACUCCAGGAUAUUAUGCUCCUGAAGUAUUAAGAUAGAAAGAAUCAAGUUAUAAUUCAGACAUGUUUAGUGUUGGUGUUGUUUUAUUUAAUUUGUAAAGAAUUCUCAAAAACUAUUAGAAUAACAAAUCAACCAAUGCUUAAAUCUAAAAUGUAUAAUGCAUAGCAAUUUGUAGCUGAUGAAGAAGCAGCAGAUCUUCUAAAGAAAAUGUUAGAAGUGGAUCCUAAUAAAAGAAUUACUGCUACAUAAGCAUUGGAGCAUCCUUAUUUUAAAGAUAAAAUGGAAAAAACUAGUUAUGAAAAAUAGGAUAGUCAUUAUCCUUCAGAAAAUAAAAUUAUAUAAUAAUAAUAAUACUAAUAAUAGUAGUUAAAUAAUCAAUAAUAUUAGUAAAAGAAAAGUAAUAAAAGUUUAGAUGCUAAAACUACAAAUAUUAUUGAUUAAUGA